GACAGGAACAUCUUCAGGGUGGAGAGACAGCUGGAAUAGAGGUGGGAAAGUCCAGAUGGAAGCUUAACUCAGAGAAGAGUGAGCAGUGGCUGGUUCAGAGAUUUCUUCAAAAGGGGAUUCUGGGUAACAACUCAUCAGCGAGAAGCUGAGACAGACCAUUAGAUUAGAAUUAAGAAGAAAGAUAGGAAAGAGUAGAACAUUUUCCUGAAUGAGAACAAAGAGAGAAAAGAUUUCAAUCCCAUGGAAAAUUGAGCCAAUCAAGCAUCUCUCUGGAAGUAAAAUUAUAAAAUGAUAACAAUCAACAACCAAACAACAACAACGAAGUACUUUAAGUUUUAAGAGGUUACAAGUUUGAUCCUCAAUAAGUUAUUAACUUCUCAAGAGAAAGUAUGAUAAUGUAGAAAGUGUACUGGACUUCAGUUAAGAAGAUGAAUACAUGAAAUUUGUCUCCAGUAGUGAUUUCCUAUAUGAUCUAAGUUAAAUUACAGCACUCCAGCAGGAUGGGCAACUUGUCAAUCAUCACAGAAUUCCUCCUCAUGGAGUUUUCCAGCACACGGGAGCUGCAGGUCUUACACGCUGUAUUGUUCCUGCUGAUUUACUUGGCAGCCAUCCUGGGGAAUCUUCUCACCUGUGCUGCAAUUAUCACUGACCCACACCUUCACUGUCCAAUGUAUUUUUUCCUGAGUAACUUAUCCCUGCUGGAUAUUGGAACCAUCUCCGUCACACUUCCUAAAUUCAUUGUGAAUUCCUUGUGUGGUGUUCAGUCCCUGUCCCUCCUGGGAUGUGCUGCCCAGAUGUUCUUCUUUCUCUUUUUUGCAGCCACAGAGUUUGCUUUGCUGGUGGCCAUGUCCUAUGACCGCUUUGUGGCCAUCUGCCAGCCCCUCCACUAUGGCAUCAUCAUGACUCCAGCACGCUGUCUCUGGGCAGCAGCUGGCUCGUGGCUCAGUGGGCUUCUUUAUUCAGCUGUACACACAGGGAACAUGUUCCGCCUGCCCUUCUCAGGAUCCAAUGUGAUCCACCAGUUUUUCUGUGACAUCCCUCAUGUCUUGAAAGUCUCGACCUCUGAUGUGUUUAAUACUGAGUUUAUAUUAAUUGUUCUAAGCUUGUGUUGUUUGUCAUGCUGCUUUGUUUUUUUAAUUGCAUCUUAUGCUCGCAUCUUCUCCAGUGUGCUCAAGAUUCCUUCUGUGGAAGGACGCUACAAGGCCAUUUCCACAUGUUCCCCUCAACUGAUAAUCCUCAUGUUAUUUCUCAUUUCUAUAAUGAUUGCUGUCCUCAGGGACACAUCAGACACAUUCCCUAUUCAAAACCUUUUAGUUGCAAUGGCUUAUACAACAAUACCUCCCCUGCUGAACCCUCUCAUUUAUAGUCUAAGGAACCAAAAGGUCACAGCUGCCAUGGCCAAGAUGAUCAAAAGGAUAGUUUUCCCCCACACUUCCUUGAAAUAUUAAAAAGUUGAAAAGUAUACAUUUAGGUUGUCAAAUGUGCAAGGUGAUACAUUAGGUAAUUUAGAAAAGACACCAAAAAACAGCAUCCUCUAGGAAAAUGCCUCAUUAGGGGAAAUAUUACAUUGGGCAGAAGGAAUCAGUCAUUUAUUUUAGCAUAAGUUGAACCACCUUCAAAAGUGCUUAUUGAGUAUAGUGGAAUAAUCUUGACACUAACCCAUUGUCUCUGGGCAACAUUGCCCUCAGAGGAAUGGAUGGAACACUCAUUGAUCCCCUGAGGGACCAGUAGAUUAGCUUAACCAAAAGCAGCCAUCAAGAUGGUUGUGUUGUUUCUACCCUCGAUAUGAAUCUUGUCUUGUCACUUCCAUUUCAUGUUUUUGUUUCCCUUUAUCUUUAUGAUGGUAACGAUCUUCUUUGCAUGUUGAAGACGUAUUCCUCAUUCCCAACAGAUAUAGCCAGAUAGGCACACACACAUAUACAUACACAUUCAUGUAAAAGGCAUGUGCACAUAAACACACACAUUUGCAUACACACGUGUGUUUGCCUGCUCUAGUUUUCUGGGUGGGAAUUUAAACUUUUUGUUCCUUAAUUUGCUCAUUUGUAACAUGGCAUGCUUGGCUUGAUGAUCUCUAUAUUGCCUCCAUGUACAGUUUUUAGUUAUGAUUUUGCAAAAAAAAUUUUCCUUAUACAUUAAGCUGGGAUUAAUAUUCAAUACAUGUAAUAUUAUAUGUUAUGUAUCUUUUCCCCUUAUGUUCUUAUUGCAUUUAAUUUUCUACUGCACCUAGACAAAUAAAUUCCUUAUCUCCUCUGGUAGAUUCUCUAUUCACUUUCCAGUAGCAUAUAUCUAGGGCAAGUGGUACCAAUAUUGGUUUUCUUGAAGUGAUCAUGUAUAUUUCAAUUGGCACAGUAUGAAAUUACUAUUGUACAAAAUAUGCUGAUUUGGCUUUUAGUUCACGGAUUAUGUCCCGUCUGAAACUGAAAAAUACAAACACCUCAGGGAUUAUUUAGGCUAAUUAGAACUUAGUUAAAUUUCUUGGUGACAAAGAUAUUUUCAUCUUAGCCCUUUUUUUUUAGCUAGCAUAGGUGCUUCAUAAAUUAUUGUAUAUUAAUUUCAAAUUUCUUAAGAAUUGAAGUCUUCUUCUAUUUAACUUUAUAUAUAUGCACACACACACAUAUACAUAUGUCAUUAGCACCUAACAUAACAUUUAUUUCAUGGGAGACCAUUGCCUAAAACUUGACUAAUUGGAGAAGAGAAAAAUAGAGAGGUGGGAGGGG